UGUCAGGAUAAAAUAAAAAGGGAUUUAAGCUACAUAUUGUCAUUUUACUUAAUUUGAACAAAAUUAAGUUGGACAGCUUUGGAAAUUAUUAUUUGUUUUAUAAAUGUAAAGGGUUGCCAAAAACUGAAUGACAGUUCAAUAUAAAAAUGAAGAACAAACCACUACGUCAUAAGGAUUCGAACACGUUUAAGUUCCAGCCAUUCUCCGAACGGAUAGCCAGCAUUGAUGUUGAUGUAUUUCACCGUGUGGGUCAUUUGAAUGAAACUGACGAAGAAGACAGUGUAACAUAUUUUCAAAAAACAUUGCAAAAAUGCAAUGACCUCAACCUUGCUAAAAGCUAUGAAGCUUUGAAGAAGAAAAUUGGAUAUGACGUGCAAACAUUGCCUCAGUUACUGGCUCAGAAAGAGAGGAUUGUUUCAGUUUUAUCUGAAUCACUAGAACAGGCUGAUUCAUUUUCCUUACAACCAUGUCUUGAAUUGAUCGUGGCUCUAGCACAGGACUUGAGACAAGAGUUUUAUCCAUUUUACUCAAAUUUGCUCACAAAAAUAUUGAAUCUUUUGAAUACCAAAGACACCGACCAACUUGAAUGGACUUUUACUUGUCUUGCAUAUUUAUUUAAAUAUCUUUGGAGGUUCUUAGUUAGAGAUUUGAAUAUUGUUUUUGAGCAACUCCUUCCUCUUCUGAGCUCUUCGAGGCCCCAGUGUAUAAACAACUUUGCUGCUGAAAGUUUCGCUUAUGUUGCAAGAAAAGUGAAGGAUAAGAGAAACUUCUUAAAACUUGUGUUGAAAUCAGUUAUCAAAUCAAAUGACGGGGUUUCUGGCUGUGGCAAGCUUCUGUUUGAGGUGGUCAGAGGUGUCCAGGGUCAGUUCCACAACUGUGCUCAGUCCUGGCUGCAGUUUCUGCUUCAGUCCCUGGAGGAUGAUGGAUUACCUUCUCAAGUGCUGGUUGACAUUCUGUCCGAAAUGUUCACAUGCAUAGCAGCUGGAAUCCUUACUAAGUACAGCAAGAUGUUUUGGGACAGUUUACAGGAAAAUAUUAAAAGACCAGUAUUAAAAUUGUCAGAGGAGAUAAGUGAAAAAUGUUUGAAUACUUUGAAGAACCUGCUACAACUCACUCUAGUUGUAUUGAACUACAAAAACUGUGUUUUUCUGCUGAAUCCUGCAGAAUUUGUGAAGACAGUGACCCUGAUUAUUUCAGACAACUGUCCCUUGGAUAUUAUGAUGAAGUUAGUGGAUGUUUCAAGAAAUGUCCUUCUGUCUCCGAGAAUCAGUUUGCCUCAAGAUGUGAGCGUUGCGUUGAUUCAGAAGAUCAUAUCUUCUAGAAACUGGGAAGCUGUUGUAUCAUUUACGAGUGGAAUGUUACCUUACUCCGGUUUUGACAGUCUCAUUCUUCCGUCUUUUCUCAAACAUUGCCAGGAUCAGAAUUUUGAUCAAGUGCUUCUGGAGUUAACAAGAAUAGUUUUAAACAAAACACCACCAUCAAAGUCAUUUUCAGAGUUAAAAAACACAAGGCAUUAUCCUUUGCCAUGUUCAUUGAAGUGGAGAGAAGCCAUUACCCAAGAACUCUUAAACAUUUUAAAAUGUGUAAAUCAAGCAGAUAUUGAUACAAACUUGGAAAAACUCAUCCAAGCUGUUACCGUUCUUCCUAACAUGGCAAGGGAUAGUCCAACUAUGUCAAAAGAAGUGAUCAACUUGGCAUCCAAAUUAACUAAUAAAUUAGUUGACUCGUUGAAAUCUACCAGCUCUCCAUCCAAAAUUCUGUUUCUCAUGCAUCAGACUUUAAGUGCCAUUUUUCUAUUAUCUGAUAAUAAGGGAGCUGUGGAUUUGGAAUUGGGCAAUGUCCAUGAGGUUCUACUUCCUAUGAUAAACACCAGUGUUUUGGCUCUUCAGACACUUGAAAUCUACGUAAAUAUUGCCAAGCUGGGUGUGUAUGAGAAGGAUAGUGAUAAAAUGAAGUGCCAACUUACUGAAAAUCUCACCUCCCCUUUUCACCAGAUCCGAUCCCUAAGUGCCAGUCUCUUGUUGUUUCUUGAACCAAGUAAUGAGAGUGAAGUUCACAAGAUAUUGUCAACCAUUGUGAAGGCAGAAGACAUUGGAGCUACCAUUCAUGAGUACCGCGACAAACUUCGCCAACUUCAGAUGUUGGAGUGCUCGGACGAUACAACACGUCAGACAGAGUUUAGAAUACCAGUCAACUACUUGCUCGGCAAUCUCCACAUCAACUUCAAGUUGUUGUGGGAACCUGUAUCCAAGCUGAUUGUGUCAUACGCCAAGUUGAUUCCAUCAGCCGAGUUUUGGCCUGUGUUUCUAAAUCAGCUGAACCUCGCCGUUGCUCAAGUUCAAAAUGGUGUUUCAACCCUUGAUAAACAUGAUUACAAGUGUGAAGUGUUAGCGGAGGCCAGCAAGCAGUUAGCCUCAGUAGAAGAGCGUCCAGACGUCUUUAACAGACGCAUACUGCUGUGGCAGUUGAUGACCAACUUUCCUGAAGUUUGUGAAGAGAAAAACAGGGAUAUUGUGGUGCUGUUCCUAGAUUUUCUUAAAACUGAAUACUUUCGGCUCAGUCCUGAGGAUGCUACUUGCUGGAAUAUAAAACAAGGCAAAAGAAAGACAAACGAUGAUGUAGAAAAAUCAACAAAAGAAGAAGAUAGCAUGGAAGUUGAAAACAUAAAUGGUGAUUUGAAUGAAAUACAGGAUUCAGACGAUGAUGAUGAAGAAGAGGAAGUUAAGAAUGAAACAAUAACUCCUGGAAGAACUGCAUCGAAGAGUUUGCUGGCUCAUCUGACAGUAUUCAGCAAGCUACGGAACCCUAGAUCAAUGUUUAAGGAGCCUGAACUAUACAAAACAUAUCUUGAUUUCCUAAGCCACAAGAAUCCAGAUGUGCAAAAAGCCGCUUUGGAUUGUAUUAUGACAUAUAAGUUCAAGUAUCUCACUCCGUACAAAGAGCAUUUGUAUGGACUGAUAGAUGACAAAACAUUCAAGGAAGAAGUGACACUUUUCAGAAUCGAUGCAGACAAUGAAAUCAUCAGGCCUGAACACAGAGCUGAUCUGAUUCCUGUGGUCAUGAGGAUUGUGUACAGCAAAAUGUUGAACAGAAGUGGUGCCAGGACUGGAAGUAAAUCAGCGAAGCAAGUUAGAAGAUCAAUUGUUUUCCGUUUCCUGGCAGGAUGUAAACACGAAGAACUGUUAUUCUACUUGAAGAUGGCUUUUAGGCUAUACGCUUCUACAAUUCAAGACGAUGCAGCUGCCAUGGUACAUUCAGUGCAGUCCACACUAGACCUGUCGGCCAUGGUGCCACCCAAGCGACUGUUGUCUACUGUCAACCUUUUGAUGGUUGUUUUAUCUCAAUGUGGAUCUCUGCUAUCAGAGGAAGCCUUGCGUUUCUUACUCCGUGUGCUGCUGUGUGUGGGAGUGACAGUGUCGUCUGCGCUGUCUCAACGAGAGGUUGUCCAUGCAGGAUACUUCAACAUUCUCAAGAACAUCCGGACAGCAGCGUUUGGUGUCAUCAUCAAGUUCUUCAGUGCUUUUGAGACAUUCCCUUGGACCAGCCAAGAGCUUGAUGUAGUAUUUAAUGUGUUUGUCUGGCCUUACCUACCCAAGCUGCCAGUAGAAGGCAUCCAUAGUCCUACACCUUUGAUGAAGCUCUUCAUGGCUUGGAGUCAACUUCCUAGGUAUUUCCCUCUUCUUAUAAAGUACCAGAAGGACUCGCCAGAAGUGACCCCUCUACCUUUCAUAAUGACUCUACUAACCUCCACCAAGACCCAUGGUUCGGUUGUCAAUGCCAUAAUGGACAUUGUAGACAAGCUUGUAAACUGGGAGGACAACAUGGAUGAAGAUGUACCUCCCAUCCCACCAUUGCUUAUUAACGACUUGCUUGAUGUGGACAGUUAUGAUAUUCAAGGUCAUACAAACUUUGGCAGCAGAAUCCUGUAUCCUCACAUUCCGGCGGUGUUGGAAAGAAUGAAGAGGAAACUCAGCCGACCUAAAGCAACUCUGGGACAUCGAGACUUGACGAUUCUCUCUCACGUCACCAGUCUGGUCCAUGACUCCGAGACUAGUGAAACGUUGCUCUCCCUGAUGAUUCCUGUGGUUGGACGCAAGGCAGGGGCAGGCGAGCAUGUCAUCUGCCCUCUCAUCACCACUGUUACCAACCUAAUCACCAACGUGACUCAUCCGCGAGGAUACAUUCGCAGUUUGGCACCACUGUUCGGCUCUGUAGUCGGGGCUGAACCUCGUAGAAUGCUGUCAGCCUUGGUUAAGAGCAUUGAUGGUGAGGAGAAUGGCCUGAAUGCUCAACUUUUAGCUGAUUUAAAUGCCUGGAAUGCCAAAUGGCUUGAUCAGCCAGAUUUUGAGCGCCGCUUGGAUGCUUUCAAGAUAAUCAGUCAAUUAAACUCCGAUGGUAAAAUAACCAUUGAACAAGGCGUGAUUAUUAUCUACACGUGUUUCCACUUCAUUAGAACUGAAAAAGACAUGUCGCUGAAGGACUGCGCUAGUCAGUGUCUUCACAAACUUUGUCCGAGCCUGUGCCAACAAUAUCCUGGAGAAUUGGAGUUCCUUGUCAAUAAAACAAUUCUGGGGAUCCUAGCGGCUGGUCUUAGAGAUAAGAGAAGUGAAACUGUCCAACAGGAAUCCAUCACUCUUCUUGGAUACAUGGCUCGAGAAUGCCCCCAAGUCCAUCCGGUUCUCCGAGACUUGUCUUUGUUGGGGAAUAAAAUUGAUACGGAAGUGGACUUUUUCGAAAAUCUACAGCAUUUGCAACUGCAUCGUAAAGUUCGAGCCUUGUUGAAAUUUUGUGAUGUCUGCAAAACACUGUCGAAGCCACUCAACACACGGACCCUGACUCAGUUUGUUCUACCAAUAAUCUCCAACUUCCUUUGUUCAGAAAAAUACCAGAAUAAAAACACCAUUGUGGAUGCUGCUAUUGAGGUUUUAGGAACUGUGUGCAAAAUGCUUCCAUGGCAUCAGUAUGAAUUAGUUCUUCGGUUUUACUUAGGGAAGUUAAAAAGUUCAGUGGAAUACCAAAAACAGCUUGUUAGAAUAAUAGUCAUAAUCUUAAACGCCUUUCAUUUUGACCUAAGCAAUGCUGACUUAAAAGAAACACCUGUGAUUGAAAACACUGUGAAAGAUUCCAAACCGACAACUGAUGAGAAUAGUGAGGAAAAUAAGGAAAAUGAGGAAAACAAAGAAGAAGAAGAUUCACAAGAAGACAAACCAAAAGAAGAUGAUUUAGAGGAAUUGUUAGACAAAGACGAGUCAAUGAUGACACAAGAUGACACAGAGGUAAUGGAAGUCCAAGAAGAAGUUGUACCUGUGAUUGAGAGACAGAUCGUUCUGAACAAGUCUCUUGCGACAAGAGUUAUCUACACGAUAAGAACGAUCCUGCUGCCGCAGCUUCACAGAACGAUAACAGCUCGUACUCAGAGUGAUGCGAUGCACAAAGUGAACCGUAAGAUGGCUGGGCCUGACCGGGACGAGGAAGACAUUCUGCGUGUGCCGAUAGGACUGGCCAUGGUGAAACUGUUGCAGCGACUACCUGAGGAGGUGCUGCAACAGAACAUCUGUGGUAUCCUGAUGAAGCUGUGCACCUUCCUCAAGUCUCGUCUGGACAGUGUGCGACGCAUCACCAGGGAGACUCUGCAGAAGGUGAUUGUUACCCUCGGACCCAAGUAUCUGCUACAGCUGGCACAAGAGAUGUCCACCAUACUGACCCAUGGCUUCCAUGUCCACGUCAUGGUGUACUCUCUACACAGUGUGUUGGUGGCGGUGAAAGGUCUGCUGCAACCGGGGGAUAUAGACCCGUGUGUCCCUAUCAUACUGCAGGCUUGUAGGACAGAUCUGUUUGGGAAGACUGCAGAAGAGAAAGAAGUGAAGCAGAUCGCUGGUAACCUGAUGGAGGCUCGAGCAAACCGCAGCUACGACAUGUACCACAUUCUGGCGGAGUUUGUGUCACAGAAGAGUCUUAUAAACUUGAUUGUUCCUUUGAAAGAGGAGGUAAGCCGUACCCUGUCUCACAAGUCCGUCAACAAAGCUAGAGAAUGCUUGAGACACAUUGUACUAGGUUUGGUGGACAACAAGUUUGUUACAACAGAGUCACUGUUGAUCUUUGCCUACGGAACAUCGUCUGAGAGUGUCCCAGCGUUGUUUUCCAACCUCAAGAAGGACCAGAAGGCUGACAAACCAAAGACAAAUCUCCUGGAAGAGAGGAAAGACGUAUUUCUGAUUCCAAGUGAGCCUAAAAGCCGGCCUAGUGCACAAACCAAGCAUUGCGUCCACACUAACGCUCACAUUUUUGUGGAGUUUGGACUGCUGCUCUACUACUUUCUGUUGAAACGAGAGAAAAUCAAAGGAGCAGAUUACAGGCCACACUUGGAUCCGUUGGUUAAGGUUUUGUCAGAUUGCCUCAAGUCUGAACAUGUCAAGAUCACAUCAAUAUCACUGCAAUGCCUCUGUUGGGUUGUCAAGUUUGAUCUGCCCACCUUAAAGACAAAGUUAGAAGAUAUAACUGACAGUGUGUUCAAACUGCUGCACAAGUACGCGGCCGCUGGACUCAGUAAGGGAGAUAACUUUGAUCUAGUCAUGGCGGCUUUCAAGGUUGUGGCAGUUAUAGUCAGAGAUGUUAAGCACCAUCAACUAUCACCUCAGCAACAGAGGACGUUACUGCUGUACUGUGAACAAGACAUCCACGACUACUCUCGUCAAACUAUCGCGUUUUCUCUUUUAAAAGCCAUCUUGGGCCGAAAACUUCGGCUCCCUGAACUAAAUUCAGUGAUGGAAAAAGUGGCCAAAAUCAGCAUAACAGCGGACAUCGAACAUAUUCGCCUACAAGCUAGACAGGUUUUCCAUCAGUAUCUUAUGGAAUACGCUCUGGGGAAGAAAUUUGAAAAACAUCUGACGUGGUAUUUGCAACAGUUGGAGUAUGAACUUCAACCAGGAAGAGAAAGUGCUUUGGAAAUGAUCAAAACUCUUAUAAUUACCUUACCUGCAGAUAUUUUGAAGGAACAGAGUGGGUUUAUUUUUGUGACCGUGGCUGCAAGACUAGUCAAUGAUGAUGUGCCAGUGUGUCGCAAGAUGGCCGCAGACAUUGUCACACUUUUGCUCGAGAAGGUCAAUAACAACGUGAGGGAAAGCUUGUUUGAUAUCGUACUUCUGUGGAUGCAAGAUAAAAAGCUGCUUCAUCGCCGACUUGCAGUUCAGCUUUGUGGGCUUUUCGCAUCACAGGAGAAAACUGGCUUUGACCAACGAAUUGAUAAAGUUCUUCCUCUCAUAGUGGAGCUGAUGAAAGUGGAAAUCAAGGAGUUCAAACCUCACGCAAAAACAGAUGUUGAAAAAUUUAAUAUCAAAGAACAGCUGAAGGACCAUCACUUGUAUCAAUUGUUGCAUUUGAUUGUAAAACUAAGUUCUUUAUGUCCUUCCAUGUUGACUGAUCAGACCAAUAUGAAAAAUACUCAAAUUUUAGCAGAAGGUGCACAGACGCUGCUGGCCUAUCCUCACGAGUGGGUGAGACUGGCGGCAUCUCAGUUCAUAGGCAAGGUGUUGAGUGUGAUGACACCUACCCAGGUGGCCGAGCUGGCCAACUCUCCGCAGCAAGAGAGAGGGUUCGGCUACCUUCGCUGUGACACACGCAACACUCUCAAGAGUCUCAUACUGGACCUCUGCUCUCAGUUCACUCCUGGCAUUGAACUCAACGAGAAACUGCUCAUGCAGACAAUGAAGAAUUUGAUUUUUCUGGCUGAAGUGGUCCAACAUGUUCACAAUGACAAUGCAGCUCAACCCUUAACAUUGCAGUGGCUUGUACGAAGAAUCAGGAAAGUCAUACACUCAGAGGUUGUUCAUGCACCAAACUUCACAAUUCUGCGCACCAUGUGCUACAAUUGGCUGGCAGCGUUGGUGGUCAAGUUGGCCCCUGAUGCUUGGAAACCUCACCUGCCUCUGAUAAUGUCACCCAUCGUACGAGAGCUGCACAUCCCUGACGAGGAGGACAAGAAGUCUCUGAAAGAGGCAGCAAAGGAAACCGCCAACAUUGUGAAGAAGAAAGUCGGAUCUGAGGAAUACAACAGACUUCUCAACUCAUUGACGACAAAACUGCAAAUUCAAAAGGCAGAACGAAAGAAGGAAAGAGCUCAACUGGCUGUCCGUGAACCCGAAAAAGCUGCCAAACGGAAAAUCAGCAAACAAUUGAAGAAGAAGGAGCAAAAGAAACGCAAGAUAGAAGGGGCUAAAAAGGGAAAACUAAAAAGAAAACCAAAACUUAAAACGAACGGUUUUGACAGCCCAUGAUGUUAUAUUUGUGUAAAUCUUACAACUGAUGUAAUGUACCUAUGUAAAUAUUUCUGUACAUAAAUAUUUUUAUCAAUUUA